UAACAGUUAUGGAGUGGUACCUCAGUUGCGGUUGUAUGUAGGAGGUGGAACGAUAUGUGACACACCUGGUGUGAGUUAAACACAAAAAUGCCGAAAAAUCGAUACGAUGAGCUGCAACAGGAAAUUAGCAAAAAUGAUAAAGUUAAAUCAAAGAAAAAUAAAAACCGUGACACCAAGCUGGAAAUGGAAGAACAAGAGAACACCUUUGAAAAUUUCGAGGUUAUCAGAAGCCGCAUAGACGAACUAGAAGAAAAUACAAAAAAAUGCGAAGCUGCCUACAGGAAAUCUGCAAGUUCAAAAGGAAUAAGUAAGAAAUUAAAAGAUGUAUUUAAAGAAUCCGAAAGUCUUGCGCAUUUAAUCGCAAAAUCGUUAAAAGAGAAUAACUUGAAUUUAAAAUCGUCUGAGAAUAAAACUUGCGCCGAAUAUCGCAUGAAACUUGUGCAGUACACUGGGUUAGUCGAACGAUUCAAAAUCGUCGCCGGCGAGCACCAGGCGUGGGCGCAACAGAUUUGCCAGAGCGAGAAAAAUUUCAUUGCGAAAUGUCAUCAAAUAGUCAAUCACGACGAACUCGAUGAUUCACAACUUAAUCAGUUGAUUGAAGAAAACCCGCACAUUUUUACACAGGAUUACAUUCAAAAUGAACUAGAAGCACGAAGUCAAUUAGCAAAUCUUGAAGCGCGCCAUGAACAAUUAGUCACUAUCGAAGAGCACUUGGUGGAGAUUCGUGAUUUAUUCGUUAAUUUAGCGACUCUGGUUGAAUUACAACAAGAUAGUUUAAACAGAGUCGAGUUUUUCGCGGUUCAAGCAACAGACCAUAUUGACAAAGCAGUUGAUGAGUUGCAGAAAGCAAAGAAGAAUAAAAAACGCGGACUGAUCAUUAAAAUUUGCAUCGGAAUCUUUCUAUUAUUGCUGGUUAUUGUUAUCCUUGCAAGUAUCUUUGGUUGACUUAAAUUAUUUCUCUUCAAAAGUCAGUUCCUUUAUAAUUUUACAUAAAUCUUUAGAAUUUGGACGUUUUUUAUAGUCCUGCUCAGUGCAUAAGUAAUAAAUCUGAAGAAUUGGUAAAUAA